CUUUGGCAGGGGGCUGACAGUGCUCGAGGUGACGAUACCUCAAAGCUUAAGGCACUUGUUGCUGAAUGGGUUAACCAUGAAUUUAAAUCUGAUCCCCUGAUUGACACUGAUGAUAAGCAUUCCCAUGGAUUCACCAAUGAUGCGUGCGGCAAGCUACUCUGCCCAGCUGAGCUUGAUUGGAGCAACCCCAUCGUAAGGGCCAGGAUUCGAGAUUGCUUAGAGGGCCAUAUUGUGACUGAGCUCUCCUUUCCGGCUGUCUUGUAUAACAAGUAUACUGCCAAUUCAGAUGACCUAGAGGAAGGUCUUUUCAAAGGCAAAGUUCUCCUUCAGGCGUACAAAGCCGUGUUUACAUCACCUUCCUCAGCAAAGGAUGUUGAAGGGGAUGGUGAUGGCACAGAUGUCAUCCAGAACAACAGACAUGCUAAGAGGUCGGCCUUCGGAGCUAAAGUCAAGAAACACGUCACUCACAUCAUCAAGAUGAGAAAAGUUAUGCCUCGCUCGAUCACAUACAUUGCCUGUCAAGUAAGUAGUAUUAUCAUUCUGUAA